AAAGGAAAACAGUCAGCCAAUCAGAGGCGCUUAGGGCGGAAACCGGGAAAUAAUAAGCAACUGGAGGACGGAAAACUAAAAUCUAGGUGGAAGAGACAUUGCUGCAUGUAUAACUAUAACAUAUUUACAACAAUCGAUCGUGCAAGGGAAAAACAUUAGGGUUCCCGGGAAUGCUUUCUUUUAAUGCCCCGUAAAGUCACAAAGACAGAGAAGCCUUCUCUGCAAUUCCUGGAGCGGCCUCUGUGUGGCGCCAGACUUCAAAAUGUGCCAGAAGUCCGAGCAGCUCUUAAUCCCAGAGAGUUCAUCACAGAAGCAAAAACACAGAAUAGAUCAGCUCUGAGUUCUUGGGUAAGCCCACAGUUUGACAGUUCACUUGCAGUUGCACGUCCAGUGAAACGAGGGAGGAGAAAAUGCCAGUCUGCGACAAGCAUCACUGACAACUGCAGUAAGCUGUCCAGGAAAAGCAGCGUGUGCAAAUUCCCCUCACUAUCGUUUCAUAGAAGGACAAGAGAGCAGACUCAACAGUCAAAGCGUACAUGCACAAAGAAGGCCACAGCGUCUGCUGUUGUGUCUGACAAAGCAGAGCAAGCACAGGGAUCGUCUGAGCUCAAAAAGACAGUGUCAAAUGCUCACUUCUUGGAUACGCCAAAGAGACAGCCAGCCUCAAUCAGAAAAAGGAACGCAGAGAGGAUCUCUGGUGGUGGGUUUUCCAGCAGUGGUCUACCUCAGCCUAAAUCUCCACCUAUUCAACUAGCAGAGAGAUGCAGAAUUUCAACAGAAAGUGUUUCAACGCCUGCUCCCAUUGAUACCUGCAGUGCUGACCCUCCACCCGAUGUGGACACCCCAGAAGCACUACCAGACAGAAUCAAUUCUCCUUCCUUACCGUUUGUAGGCCUACACUCACUUCUAGUUCAGCCAUGUACACCACCACAUAAUCAGCCACCUGACCUUUUGGUUACUGACACACCAGAGAGUAUUUAUGGGUUGAAGGUGACAUGGAGGAGAAGGAGAGGAUUGAUGUUGUCGUUGAAGGAGAGGGGCCAUCUUUCUGAUUCAGAUGUGGUAAUUCACAGCUGAUGUAGACAACUGAACAUAACAGGAAUAAAUGAUUUUUAAAAGAAACACUAGACCAUUACUCACCGGACCAUUAACAAGUUUAGUAUUAUAAACCUCAUAAUGAUGAGCCAAUUAAGACUUAUUAUUAUUAUACAUCCUGUCUGGACAGCUUAUAUAAUAUAAUGCAGUUUUUACAGAUUCUGUUCUAAUCAGGGGUCAGGUUUACAAUCUAAUUGUGAUGCUUCUGCAUUUACACAAAAACUAUAUGAAAAAUGUGGUCUGUAAAUAAUAUCACAUCUCCACUAUGAAGUUUGGACUCACUUGUUAAUACAUCUGACAAAUGGUGGGGUCCUCAAAAUGUCUUGUCUUUGAGCUAUUUUUGUAAAAAACAAUAAAAGCAAUGCAGGUACAA